AUGGCCAAUAUGCAGAACGACUGUUGCGGUUUUUCCCUUUUAACUUCAACAUCCCUGACACCUCUUUGUACACCUCUUCCGCACAUUCUACACAGUCACAUCCUCCCUGAUUUAUCUGAUACUACUAUUCAAAACCAUCAUGUCUCUGGCUUUGAACUCGUCCGGACAAUAGGCCUUGUCUCGGUCCUGCGCGGCGCACCUGCUCUCUUCAUAGGAGCAUCGCGGCUUCAUCGAACAACUCUUUUCCAGCAAAGCCUACGGGUCUUCCCAACAUUCAUCCAGAAAGAAGCGUCAAAAACGAUGAUUGCAGCGCCAAAAGCUGUGAUCCCAGUGGUAGUGCCAAAAGCGGUGUCUCCAGUAUUCGUAUCAAAACUGAUUGACCCCGAAACACAACGACAUCGCAUCAAGCGAAUGGCUGCCCAGCGGAUAUACCAACAAAACUUAAGAAGACUGGCUUUAACAAUGUAUAAUGCCGGUCCGCCCUUGUAUCGCGGCCAUGCCGGUAGUAACUACUACGACAAUGAUUCCGAAGAUUCCGACAAGAGUAGUAACUUAUAUGUAUGGGUUUUGCGCGCAUGUUUCCACAGAUUUUGGUCUGCGAUUUUCGCUUUUUUUUAUGGAGUUGUCUACGGCAGGCGCCCAUGGGAAGCUUGGGAGGAGGAGAGAGACUGGGAUGAAAACGAUGAGAUUAAGGAGUUGGAAGGGGAAAAUGACGAGUUUAGGGGGGAGAUUUGGAGGCUGAGGAAGGAGAAUAGCAAGUUGAAGGGGCAAAGUAAGGAGGAGUUUGAGGAUGAAGAGUUUGAUCGGCUUGUACAUGGUUGA